GAGGAGCUGAACGGGCAGCAGCUGAUCCAUUGUUGCAGGCGCUUUGUUACAUACGACGAGCGAAAACCGAUGAUUGACAGCAGGCGUCAGCCAAUAGAAAAAGGGAAUGUGUGUUGAGCUCAACCAAUCAUAGCGGUGCGAGGGCGGAAUUUCCUUCAGUCAAACUCGAUGCUUUCGGAGUUCUCAUGCGCACUGGGACUUUUCACACGGUUUAGGCUGGCGAGAGGAGACUUUAGUUGGACACAGAGAGAGGAAAAGCACUUCAUUAUUGGCCCGAGCAUCUGUGGAUGCAGUUGUGUUGGGGCUAGUACCAACUUCUGGGGAUUGUAAUUUGUCGUUCAGCUCACCGGUGAAGAGGAUAUUCAUUGAGGCUGGCAGUUUUAAUGUGGCACAGAUGGUGAGUAGGCUGUGAGGACCAAGGCGUGUGGAGCCCACGGGAAGAUGACGGAAGAGGUGAUUGUGAUUGCCAAGUUUGACUAUGUGGCCCAGCAGGAGCAGGAGCUUGACAUAAAGAAGAAUGAGCGACUGUGGCUCUUAGAUGACUCUAAAUCAUGGUGGCGCGUUCGAAAUUCCACAAACAAAACUGGCUUUGUACCUUCAAAUUAUGUGGAAAGGAAGAACAGUGCGAGGAAAGCUUCUAUUGUGAAAAAUCUAAAGGAUACCUUAGGAAUUGGAAAAGUGAAACGGAAACCAAGUAUUCGUGACACUGCAUCCAAUGCAGAUGUGGAUGGUUACCCAGACAAUGGAGAGCGUCUGUAUGAUUUGAAUGCUCCCGCUUAUGUCAAGUUCAACUACACAGCAGAGAGAGAUGAUGAGCUAUCUUUGGUUAAAGGAACAAAAGUUACCGUCAUGGAAAAGUGCAGUGAUGGCUGGUGGAGGGGUAGUUAUAAUGGACAGACUGGUUGGUUUCCUUCAAAUUAUGUCAUGGAAGAUCUUGAGAGCACCACAGUCGAACCUGUGGGAUCAUUGACAGAAAGGCUAGCAGUUGUGAUCAGUGCACACAAUGCCAAAGUACUUCAUGUUGUGCAGGCUCUGUACCCAUUUAGUUCUUCAAAUGAAGAGGAGCUUAAUUUUGAGAAGGGUGAAGUGAUGGAUGUUCUUGAGAAACCAGAAAAUGAUCCAGAAUGGUGGAAAUGUAGGAAGGCUGAUGGGCAAGUAGGCCUGGUACCUAAGAACUAUGUGAAUAUCGUGCAAACAUCACCACCAGUCAUUAGCCUUGGUCCAACACCACCUCGAUGUGACUACAUAGGAGCAGCAACCACUGGCAGGUUUGCUGGUAGUCCGUGGUAUUAUGGAAAAAUUACAAGGCAUCAAGGAGAAGUGGCUCUGAAUGAAAGAGGAGUUGAUGGCGAUUUCAUAAUUCGAGACAGUGAGUCAUCACCCAAUGACUUCUCUGUGUCUUUGAAGGCCCAGAACAAAAACAAGCACUUCAAGGUACAGUUGAAGCAAGGUCUCUACUGCAUUGGACAGCGCAAAUUUGACAGUAUGGAAGAUUUAGUGGAACAUUACAAAAAAGCUCCAAUUUUCACAAGUGAACAGGGAGAGAAAUUGUUCUUAGUAAAACCUUUAUCUUAAUGUGGAAGGUAAAGAUCCACUGAAAUGGAUUCUUCUUGCAGGGAGAGGAAAAAAAACAAUGGAAGCAAGGAAAAUCAUGAUUUUUAUCUGACUUCCUGGCAAUAAUGACCUAAAACAACAGAUUUACUUAAGUUUUCAAUUUUAACUACACUUUGUGUUCCAUUUGCAUUGUAAUGCUGUUUAAUUUUGGAUAACCCUUUCCUGUUCGUAAAAUUUUGUGCCUUGCUUCUGUUGAGCUGCUCAUUGUGAACACACUGCCUACAGUUACCUUUUUAUCGUAAAUUUGUCUCACUUUGCUCAAUAAUCUUGAAUUUUUUUAUAUUUCACUUACUACAUGCUAUAUAUAGUAUAUCACUUAUUAAGUCUUACUACAGAUCUUUGAAAUGUCUCCGUGCUUUAGAACCUUGUUGAUUUAGCUUGUGAUAUGUGAGAUGUGAAAUUUUAUGUAUUGUGUGUUAGAAUAUUCAUUUGCCUUUUCUGACUUUUCUUCAGUUAUUCACAAGAGAUAUCAAUCAACUAUGAUUUAAGUUUGUUUGAAUUCUUUUGGUAGAAGCUGCAAAUUGCAUCAGGAUAAGUGCUCUAGUGUGACAUAAAAUGUGGACAUACCAGAUUUUGCCUUAAUCUUUCAAACCAAAGGCUGUGUAUAACUACUGUAAUGUUUAUAUAUAAAGUUACAGUUUAAUCACACUUUGGUAGGUCCUGCAUUAGGAUGUGACUUUAGUAAUAUCCUUUAAUCUGUUUUUGUCUGUAUUUAACUCCUAGUUGAAACUUAACUGAUUUGAAUCGAUCUGUCAUGUUUGAUCACAGUCUCCACUUAAUGCUUGCUUUGUUAAUGGCUCAUAUUAGGGGCGCAUCAUAUAUUGUGUUGUUUAGCUUGUAAUACAGUCUUAAAGAAUAUCACAAUUUAACAGAUAAUCUAUAAUCACUGAUUAUAUCAGAAGUACUCACUUCUUCUUUUUUAUUUUAAUUCUCGAAGCUCCACUUUAAUGCCCUGAAUGGGGGCUGCAUAGUUGUUGACCUGGCAUCCAUUAUGCGUCUUGCACCUGUAAUAUUGUAUAAGUGUUCAGUAUGUACGUGCUGAAUAAUGCAAGGGAACUCUUGUUUUAUUGUCAGAAGAGAGGCAAGAAAAACAAUUCAAAGGUAGCCAAUUACUCAGACAUGUAUGUGACAUCAUAUAGUUUGUGUACUAAAGAGAUCAGUUUAUAGAAUCAGUAGAAAAGCUGUGUCUGAGUUAUCAGCAUUUUGAAUGAUAUUAUUUAUCUUUUAAUUUAUACUUAAAGUGCAUCCCAUGGUUAUCAGAUUCAUUCAAAAAGAUGGAGUGUAUUUUACUGUUUAAGGUAUCAAUUGUACCAGGAAUUAUGAGGGAAUCAAGGUGCAAAAUGUUGUAUUUUGUCUUGUGUAACUUAAAGACCAGAGAUCAGAACAUUGUUGGAAAUACAGAUACAGACAGCUUAUAAAGCAGCAAUGUGCUGACACUAAUGUCCUAUCCUGCUAUCCAGUUAUCUGAUAUCAAGAAGAUUAAGAAUCUUACAAUGAAUGAUGCUUAAAGAGAGCAUAUUUUUUAUAUGUAUUGAAUUGUAGAUAACAAGUUUCUGAACCCUGGUCUUUUGAUGAUCAAUAUUGUUGUAAACCUAUAGAAAAAGUUGUUGAGUAUAAAAUGGCGCUUGGAAAGCUAUACUCAGUCAUUCUCGUGUUAUUUCUAAUCCACUAUUUUGUUACUGAAAUUACUUAAUCAUAUGUGUAUAUCCUUUUAUUUUUCAAACACCAAUGGUAACUGUUAAACUAUAAAAUACUGUGAAGUCAAAUUACGUUUUGCUGCCCUUAGUGCAGCAGAUGUCCUACUUGCUUUCAGAAACUUAUAAUUUACAACUAUGGUUGUGUUUAAUUAUUGCAAAACUCAAAUAAAGUUUGUAAGUCAUCUUG